AUGAGUAAAAAAGGCAGUCAGUUGAUCACACAUGGUUCUAUAAAUAAGUUNCACUUCCAGCCAGACACCGCAUUUGGAGCCAAUUUUUACCAGCUGCUUCCUGCUGCUCAGUUGUUCAUUAUUCUGUUCCGAUCAUCAGUCGUACAGUUAAAUGAGGGCCUUUUCGACCGCAGAUAUGGAAAAACAGAACCAAAUAUGACCGAAUCUGAGCUUGUGACUGAGGACAUCACAUCACUGGUUCAGUGCUUACUAGCUUGUAUGGUCAAGCGAUGUUGUGUGGCCGUCUCCUACGACUGGGAGAAAGGACAGUGUCGAACAUCGUCACGAGCGUUCCUAGAAGGGGAGGGAGGACACAUGCACUCCAGUUUACAGUUCCAUGGUCUCUCGGCUAAAACAAGGAUAACCUUUGACGUCUACUGUGAUAUGGACACUCCUGGAGGACCGUGGACGGUGAUUCAAAACAGAUAUGACGGUAGCGUUGACUUCAUGCGGUCCUGGACGGAGUACAAAGAAGGAUUUGGAUAUCUACAUGGAGAAUUCUGGCUAGGAAUGGAGCCAAUUAGAAGCCUGUUGGAGUUGAGACAAUCCCUGCGCAUCACGUUGGAGAGUUGGCAAGGGGAUGUCAAGUACGCAGAUUAUACAACAUUUGAUAUAGGAUCUGAGACAGAGAAGUACAUGUUGACACUGCAACACUCCAAUGGUACAUCAGAUGACGUGAUGUGGUUCCACACCGCGAUGGCUUUCUCUACGUUUGACCGCGACAAUGACAAUGCCCCGAACAGUUGCAGCAAUCUUUAUAAGGGGGCGUGGUGGUACAAUUGGUGCCAAAGGAGUAACUUGAAUGGACUUUAUGUCGAAGAUACCGGUAAAAACGAUGCAGCUGCAAUGACGUGGAAAUAUUUCUACGCUGGUCGACCAUUUCCUCCAUUACGGAAGUGUAAGAUGAUGGUUAAACGACCACCUAGUCCUGUAACCGGAUCAAUAUUUUCUGUGGGCUAG